GUUCAAAAUCUGAAGCCACCAUUGCUGAAGUCACUCAACUACUCGGCAGUCAGAAGUCGUACGGGCAUAAUUGAAGCAGACCAGAUUUACCGGAUAACCGGAGCCGGAAAGCGCGAUUGACCCAGUAUUCCCGGUAGCCGGUAACCCAAUACUCCAGCCCAGAGAGAGAGUGACAGAGGAGACGCAAGCUAAGCAUUUGACUAUAGAGUACUGUGGAGUCUAUGGAAAGUCAGCUGGGAACCCUAGAUUUCGUGUAUAUAAUUAAUUUUUUUCUUUGUUUUUUGUGCUGUAACUCUACUCUUCUUAAUCUUCUUCCUAUUUCUACAGAUCCCAAGAGACAAAAUUUUAGAGAGACAGAGAGCAAUGGAGAAAGAUCCACGGAUCGGAAGCCUUGUCCUCUGCUUCCUCUGUAAGUCCUUUCUUUUACAGAUUUAUAAAAUGGGUUAAAAAAGGGUUGCCCCAUUUUUAACCAUUUUCACUGAAAAAAUUUAGAGAGAGAGAGAGUCAACCGACCCCUUUUGCAGGGAAUUGGUGGUAUGUAUUUGUAAGGCUUCGAAGAGUCCACAUAUCGCGUUUUAUCUUCACCUUUUCAUUUUCUGCUUUUCUUCUUCUUCUUCUUCUUCUUCUCUCUCUCUCUCUCUCUCUCUCUCUCUCUCUCUCUGUGCAGACUUUGUAAAGCUUUCCGUUUUCCUGUUUUCUUUCGUAUCUGUAUAGGUCUUUGAACUCAUGGCAGCUGCUUAGGAAGUCAAGCAUGCUGAGCACGAGAUAACAGAGUCGCCUGCCUGCCUGCCACUGCUGGCUAGGGCUUAAUUUUGCCAUUUCUCCUGCCCUGCAGACCACUUUCAGACCCAAAGAGAGAAACCAGAAAGAGCUCUUUUGAUUUUUAGAGGGAGAGGCCCAACUUUGGGGACACAGAGAGACGGUUAGAGAAGGAAGUGCUAAGCAGGCACAAGGGUUUUGCUUGCCUUCUUUCUCUUUCUUUCUCUCCAAAGGAACCACCUUUUUCCUUGAGAGGGAGUUGGAGACAUUUGGGCAAUCCGUCUGUCUCCUCUGUCCUCUCUGGUUUUUCUCUUCUUCUUCGUUUUCUUCUUUUUGAAUAUUUUCCUUCUGCCUUUUCUGCCGUUGGUCUGUUUAAUUUUCUGGGCAUUUGGUUUUCUUGUUUGGUUUCUGGUUGGGGGUUUUCUUCGGUUGUAUGAGUUUCUGGGUAUGUGUUUUUGGGAGAAAAUUUCAUGCGUCACGGGCGAAUGUGAAUCAGCCAUUGCAAUUGUGAGAUAUACUUUCGAGUAAUUGGGAGUGUAUGUGAAUCUGUAGAGGAACAGGAGAGAUUAAGGUGGGAAGAAAGCGAUUUCGGUGUUUGACGAACUGCUACACAAGCAAAGAGAAGAGAUCAAAGAAAGGUGUAAUAUUUUUUGAUGAGUUUUGGGGGAUUUGUCGAUAGUAGCUCUGGUGGUGGCGGUGCAAGAAUCGUCGCAGACAUACCUUACAACGGCAGCAGCAACAUGCCGUCCGGUGCAAUCUCUCAGCCACGCCUUGUGGCUCCCUCCAUAGCCAAGUCCAUGUUCAACUCUCCUGGACUCUCUCUCGCUCUUCAGCAAACAAACAUGGAGAGUCAAGGUGAGGUGACUCGAAUGGCGGAGAAUUUUGAGGUCGGCGCCGGCCGGAGAGGUAGGGAGGAGGAGCACGAGAGCAGAUCUGGAAGCGAUAACAUGGACGGUGCUUCCGGCGACGAUCAAGACGCCGCCGACCACCCUCCCCGGAAGAAGAGAUACCACCGCCACACUCCGCAGCAAAUCCAAGAACUUGAAGCACUGUUCAAGGAGUGUCCUCAUCCUGAUGAGAAGCAAAGGUUGGAGCUUAGCAGAAGGCUUUCCUUGGAGACUAGGCAAGUGAAAUUCUGGUUCCAAAAUCGCCGAACCCAAAUGAAGACUCAAAUGGAACGCCAUGAGAACUCCAUACUUAGACAAGAGAAUGAUAAGCUUCGAGCUGAGAAUAUGUCGAUUAGAGAUGCAAUGAGGAACCCCAUAUGCAGCAACUGUGGCGGUCCGGCGAUCAUCGGUGACAUCUCUCUGGAAGAGCAGCACCUUAGAAUUGAGAAUGCCCGUUUAAAGGAUGAGCUGGACCGAGUCUGUGCGCUGGCUGGCAAGUUUUUGGGCCGCCCAGUUUCAUCACUGGCUAGUCCCAUUGCCCCGAGCUCUAGUUUGGAACUAGGAGUGGGGAACAAUGGUUUUGGCGGUCUGGGCACUGUGGCUGCAACAUUGCCUUUGGGGCCCGAUUUUGGAGGUGGAAUUACAGGCACGCUGCCUUUGGUGCCUCCAGCUAGACCAGCUGCUGGUGUCAUCGGCCUGGAGAGAUCUAUGUUGCUAGAGCUUGCCCUAACUGCUAUGGACGAAUUGGUUAAAAUGGCUGAAACCGACGAGCCUCUGUGGCUUAGGGGCUUGGAUGGGGGGAGAGAAAUAUUGAAUCAUGACGAGUACGCAAGGACAUUCACCCCUUGCAUUGGCUUGAAACCCAGUGGUUUUGUCUCCGAAGCAUCUAAGGAGACUGGUGUGGUGAUCAUCAACAGUUUGGCUCUGGUGGAGACAUUAAUGGAUUCGAAUCGAUGGGCAGAGAUGUUCCCUUGUAUGAUUGCCAGAACCGCUACCACUGAUGUGAUUUGCAUUGGAAUGGGGGGAACCAGAAAUGGUGCACUUCAGUUGAUGCACGCUGAGCUCCAAGUUCUCUCACCAUUGGUUCCGGUUCGUGAGGUCAAUUUCCUUCGCUUCUGCAAGCAGCAUGCCGAAGGGGUGUGGGCUGUGGUGGAUGUGUCUAUCGACACCCUCCGGGAUGCUGCCGCUGCACCGACAUAUUUGAGCUGCAGGAGGCUUCCUUCUGGCUGUGUGGUACAAGAUAUGCCAAAUGGUUACUCCAAGGUUACAUGGGUUGAGCAUGCAGAGUACGACGAGAAUGUAGUUCACCAGCUUUACCGGCCGUUGAUCGGCGCCGGCAUGGGCUUCGGCGCCCAGCGGUGGGUCGCCACUCUCCAGCGCCAGUGCGAGUGCCUCGCCAUCCUCAUGUCCUCCACCGUCCCCAGCAGAGACCACGCCGCGAUAACGGCGAGCGGGCGGCGGAGCAUGCUGAAACUGGCGCAGCGGAUGACGGAUAACUUCUGUGCGGGGGUAUGCGCCUCCACCGUGCACAAAUGGAACAAGCUUACCACCGGAAACGUGGACGAGGAUGUCCGCGUCAUGACCCGAAAGAGCGUGGACGACCCCGGCGAGCCACCCGGCAUCGUCCUCAGCGCUGCCACCUCCGUCUGGCUACCGGUCUCACCUCACCGGCUCUUUGACUUCCUCCGCGAUGAACGGCUGAGGAGCGAGUGGGACAUCCUAUCUAACGGCGGACCCAUGCAGGAGAUGGCCCACAUCGCCAAAGGCCAGGAUCAUGGCAACUGCGUCUCUCUCCUUCGCGCCAGCGCUAUGAACGCGAACCAGAGCAGCAUGCUUAUCCUGCAGGAGACUUGCAUAGACGCGGCGGGCUCGCUUGUGGUGUACGCGCCGGUUGAUAUUCCGGCCAUGCACGUGGUGAUGAACGGCGGCGACUCGGCCUACGUGGCGCUCCUCCCCUCGGGCUUUGCCAUCGUUCCUGAAGGGCCGGGCUCGCGCGGACUCGUGAACUCUCCGGGUAGUAGCGCAAACGGGGCCCCGCAGAGAGUGGGCGGGUCGCUUCUCACGGUGGCGUUUCAGAUCCUGGUGAACAGCCUCCCUACAGCCAAGCUCACGGUGGAAUCGGUAGAGACGGUCAACAAUCUGAUAUCGUGUACCGUUCAGAAAAUCAAAGCCGCCCUUCAAUGCGAAAGCUGAGGACCCGGUCAGCUGGAUGUGGGAGCGGCGGAAUAAAUAAAGGGUUGGGAUCUUUUGCAUUAACUAAAAAACGAAGAACAUGAUGUUUUGAUGUGUUUUGUAUUUUGUUUAGUGUUGGUGUGGAAGGAAAAGAAAAGUGGAUGGACACGGAGAACUCGCUAGUGUGAGGUGGGAGUCAAGAACGAACCGCGCGUGAAGAAUCCUUGCCCGGUGGUAAGAUUCUGCGCUUGGCUUUGGCUGGAUGUGGGUCGGGUCGGAUUGUCUUAACACAGCGCAAGGGUGGUGGUUCGGGUAUUGACUCAGUUCGACCCGCGAGUUGGCUCUCAAGUAUCGUAAUGGUUUUAUUUUGAAAACAAAAAAAGAAAAACAGGGAAAUUGAUAAUUUUGCCAUUUAACUGAAUAUUUAUUUUAUUAAUUUCCAUGGUAAUUUUAGUUGUGGAC